UCAAAAAAUCAGCUGGAAUUUAUUUUUAACAAUUCCAUUUCGAAGACGAUUUAUUUGAACAAUAUUCGCUGUUAACAGUGCUCAAUUAACUAAUAAACGAAACCAAUCUUACUAAUAACCAUGAGAUGGACUGUGCACCUUGAUGGUGGCCCAAUGAGGGUAAACCAUGCUGCUGUUUGUAUUGACAACAAAAUCUACUCGUUUGGAGGAUAUUAUUCAUCUGAAGAAUAUAAGGAUUGGGAGCCAAUUCCUGUUCAUGUCCUGAAUACUGCUACAUUACGUUGGUCAGCAGUCAAUUAUAAAAAGAAUGAUGUGGUUCCAUUCCAAAGAUAUGGACACACUACAGUCGCGUACGGGGACAAAGUUUACAUGUGGGGCGGGCGAAAUAAUUCUGUAGCAUGUGAAACGUUAUCUUGCUUUGAUACCAAGACACUUGAAUGGAGCGCCCCUGCCGUGUCCGGAAUGGUGCCCUUCGCCAAAGACGGGCACUCGGCCUGUGUGAUUAGAAACAAGAUGUAUAUCUUUGGAGGAUUUGAGUAUCUCACUGAUACGUAUUCCCAAAUUGUACAUUGCCUUGACUUGGAGACAAUGAAUUGGACUCUAAUGGAUCCCACCGGAGCGAUUCCUUCACAUAGAGACUUCCACACAGCAGUUUCUGUUGGUGACAGGAUGUAUAUAUUUGGAGGCCGGGGAGACUUAAACAGUCCCUAUAACUCCCAAGAAGAAGUAUACUGCUCACAAAUCUUUUAUUUAGAUACAGUGACAGAAAAGUGGAUGGCUCUCAACCCAAGAGGAACAUGGCCUGAAGGAAGACGCAGUCAUUCUGCAUGGCUCCACAACGGUUUCAUGUAUAUUUUUGGAGGAUUCAACGGAAACACAAGAACUCAUUUCAAUGAUCUCUAUAGAUAUUCAUUUAAAGAUAAUUACUGGCAGUUUUUGAAUGUCAAGGGUGCAGUACCCUGUAAGAGACGACGCCAAGCGUGCUUAAUAUAUGAAGAUAAAGUUUAUUUGUUUGGUGGAACCAGCCCCUGUCCCCAUCAGAAUAUACGUCCCACAGAUAACUUGGAUGAUGACCCAGAGAAGUUGAUUGAUAACAGUGAUCUCCAUGUGCUUGAUUAUGCACCGACUCUCAAGACCCUUAGUAUUCUCACUGUGUUGGAACACAACCUAGAACAUUCUUGGUUGCCACAUGAUAUCUUACUCGACAUCCGCGCCAUGACAUUGCCUAACAGGAUCAGCAGGCCAUUUAACCAAUCGGGCUGACAGGUUCGACAGUGGCAUUGAAUUGGAUUGCCACAAUUUAAUGGGUUUCCCAUGAUAGUCACAGAAUAUUAAACGUCUUCUUUCAUUCUGACAUCUCUGUGCAAAAAUGUUAACGAUAUAAUAAAUAAGCAACCUAUCUGGACUGCACAUUCUUCAAAUUAAUGUAGUUCUUCCUUAUGAAAAUAUCAAUAAUAGUAAUAAUUGUUCCACAACUCCAGCAAUUGUAGUCCCGAGAUUAAGAAGUAAAGAUGACUCAAAAUGAGGAGAAGUACUUUAAUUUAUUGAUAUGAGUAUAUUUAUAUUUUAUGUGAUGUUGUCUGGUUAAGAAUGAGACAAAAUUCUGAGAUGCAUGUAACAAUUUUUAUAUGCAUAAUUUAUAAUUUUUAAGAGAAGAUACUGAUAAUUAUUUUCAUUAUCUUUAUAUUCACUCUAUUUGUAUGUUCAUGAUUAACAAAAAUGCCCUGUUUGAAAAAUCUACAUAUUUUAAUAUUUGUUAAGAUUAACCAUGUUUUAUAGACUCGGCGUCAAAUAAAUCGCACCUCCCGCCACAAGCACUUUCAAACGCAUCCCCACUUCUCACCAAUAUUGGUACGAUUUGAAAGCCUGGUUCUAAACAGGCCCUGUUUAGAACCUGUUUAACAGGGAAGGUGUUUGUUUACCCCAAAAAUGGGUCUUUAGAAGGAUCCAGUGUCUCUUAAAGCGACAAGUAGUUACCUACGCUUGAGCCAACUUUUAUGGUUAUAAAACUGUUAAAUUGGGAUUAAUCGCUAUCCAUCUGUUAAAGACGACACGUGAGAUCAUUGUUUUUAUAA